AUAUUUGUGCUGUAUUUCAUCGCGGGCUUGAAGAAGCUAGACCAGGACUGGGUGACUGGGUACUCCAUGCAGUUUCUGUCCAAACACUGGGUCUUUGACCCAUUCAAGUUUAUUUUAACGGAAGAUCAGAUCGACAUGUACAUCAUCCAUCUUGGAGGUCUCUUCAUUGACCUAUUUCUGGGAUUCCUGCUGUUUUUCGACAAAACACGGCCUCUCGCAUUCGUCAUGUGCUCCAGUUUUCACUUGAUGAACUCACAGAUAUUUCAUAUUGGUGCGCAAUUAAUUAUGUUUCAUCCUAGUGAGCACUUAACAGGGUCAUAUCGUGGUCUGGACCUGGGGGAGUUUUGAAUAUGAACCUAUAGUCCUUCCCAUCCUCCUACAAAAAUGCUUUUGGUAAAUAACUUCUUUUAUGGGAUCUUUUAUUUGCACUUUCCCACAGACAGGAAAGCACAUACCAUGGCCUUUGACCAGUUGUGGUGCACUGGUUGGAACGAGAUAAAAAAAACAAUCAGGUGAAUGUAUGUUCUAUCCCUGGGUUCAUUUCUUCCCACCUAUCACCAGAGAUCUUUAUAAAUUCUUUGAUCAAACAAAUGUUUAACAUCACCCUAGCACAAACAUACACAUGAGCUAUUAGGUUUUUACCAAAGGUACAGGUAACUUAUAUGAAUAGGAUUAUUUAAAUAUUAAAAAAUAAAAAUUGUAUAAUUAUGUAAAAACCCAGUUUUAA